AUGUCCUCGCCCUACCGUGCUCGCAAGUUGAGACCAUUAACAGGUGACCGUGAGCGUAAAGGCAAUCAAGUCUCAGACUUCAAGACCGAUGUCAUCCUCUCCGAGAACAAAUUGAGAAGAUGCUUGCCGAUUGAACGGUCGUUCACGAGCUAUUCUCUUCCACAAAAUCAACAGCACGCAUUGAGGCUCAUCCGAAUGGGUCAUGGCAUGCCGCGACUUGUUCUACCCAUUACUCUGUGCUGUCCAACCGUGCUACCGGACAACGCACGUCUGUACCCCUUCUUGUUGCGAUCCCUCCCUGUACUGAAACUCGACUCUCAAGUUAAGACCCUGCAUCGAUGGGCACUUGGUGCGAAGCAAAACGGUGCUAAUUCUAUCAGAAGGAUUAUGAACUGGAGGCUCGACAUGUCUGGAGACGACAUGAAUGAGUUGAUGAAUGAUCUAGGGAGCAAGGCGGUCUGCCCCGCGUUCAUUUGGCAGCCUCGCAUUCAGUGCUGUGCUUGCAGCUCCUCUGGCAUGGCGUGUCUCAUCGGCUCAACUGGUCCUCCCAUCGGUCUUGAGCAAGGCGCAGUCUCAAUCACCUGUCUGGGAUGUAUAGCCCAAAAUACACCAUGCAGGUUCCACCUUUCUUUCGACCGGGGUGACCAUGAGGAGACCUGGCCCGACAUUGACAUCUAUGCUCGACCCAUGGUCGAUUCUACGCAUCCUAUCCGUCUCGAGGAAACGAUCUGGUGGGACAAGGACGGUACUUGCAUUCGGAUACCGCACUCAUUUCCUGCUGGAUGGGCUCAGCAACAGUGGUUGAGGCUGAACGAUAUUGAAGAGCACGGCUGA